GGCUCCCCUCCCCCUCCCUUCCUUCUCCGUCCGCCUGAGCAGCAGCAGCAGCAGCAGCAGCAGCAGGACGGAGGCGCCUCAGUUUCUGAAGCCGUGGCAUGAAUGAUCUCAUCUGAACCUUAUCUCCGCUUUCUCUGCCGUCGAUCCUAUGACGGAAAGACGGGAAUAAAAUAACAAACACGAGAGAGACAACAUGUUCCUGAAGGGCACCAAGCGCAAGUUCUCGGACCCGGGAGAGGAGCCRGCCCCCGGCGGCGACCAGGGCCCCGCCGCGGCUCCGCCCGCCGCGCCGCGGCCGCUGUCGUCGUCCUACAGCCUGCAGCGGCAGUCGCUGCUGGACAUGUCGCUCAUCAAGCUGCAGCUGUGCCACAUGCUGGUGGAGCCCAACCUGUGCCGCUCGGUGCUCAUCGCCAACACGGUGCGGCAGAUCCAGGAGGAGAUGACGCAGGACGGCACCUGGCAGAUGAUGACGCAGGCCCUGGCGGCGGCCCAGUGCCCCGCCGACCGCCUGGUGGCCACCGAGGUGCUCUGCAGACAGACCGACGCGGCCACRCAGGCCGGGCAGAGCCCCAAGCCCGUCCCCGCGGCGGGCGUGGAGGAGGGCUACCACUCGGAGGAGGUGGUGAUGGAGAGCGACGUGGAGACGGAGGCCAUCAUGUCCACGCUGUCUCCCGUCUCGCCCCAGCUGUCCUCRGCCUCCUACCUGGCGGGUCCCUUCGGAAUGGGGCCCUGCUGGGAGGAGGAGGAGGAGGAGGACGGCGACUGCGAGGAGGAYGAGGAAGAGGACAGCGAGGAGUGCGCGUCGGAGGCGGAGGAGGCGGACGAKGACCACCUGAGCGCGGACUCCAGAACAGGUGGGGAGAAAGUGUUCGGGACUUUUGAGAUCAAGCACCCGGCGCCGCCCCCGGACCCGGGCCUGGAGGAGCUGUUCUCGGACGUGGACCCGUCCUACUAUGACCUUGACACGGUGCUGACGGGCACCCCCAAAAUGGGGCCUUACGACUUGCUGGAGAGCCUGUCGUCUCACGGCUCGACGGCCCUGAGCUCCAGCUCCAGCUGCCGGUCCGACCUGAACGAACUGGACCACAUCAUGGAGAUCAUCGUGGGCUCGUGAGACCGUCCGCCUCCCUCAGACUCGUUCCAAACUAUGCACAGRACACGUGCAUGUUUCUGGUAUUGUUACCCGCAGAUUGUUGGAGGGGGCGGGGUUUGGUGGCGAGGUAGGAAAAUUAGGUGCAUAUUCAUUUUUACGUCCAAUAAUUAAAGCCGUCGGUUUUCUACCUUGUUCAUAAAGUCCCAAACUGAUGACGUCUGUGAGAAAAACAACCGUUUUCCACCAUGAAAUCUUAAUUUACAUAAUGUUUGUCUUUGAAACAUCCUGUCUUAAGCCCAUUUCUACCAUCGAGUUUUUACUGUUACAGGUCCGUCACACUACACACACACCCCGAUCCAGAACAAAUUGUAAAUCCAAAUCUAUUAAUCAAUGCAUAUUUUCUUAGGGAUGUGAGCAAAUAUAAAUGAGAUAUAUGUAUAUGUACAUAUGUGUAAAUACAAAAUAUUUUUUUGCAUUAUACAGUUAGAUUUUUUGCAAGCAUCGUUUUUGAUAUUUUUUUUUCCCUCGCGAGCGGUUUUUAAAAAUUUUAAAUGUAGCCAGACUUUUUGAGGAUGGUGUCUUCCUGGCGGUUCGGUAUCGUGGGUCGACUGUGAAGGGGGGCAGGGGGGUCCGGCGUCUGGACCGGCGCCGGGUCGCCCCGAUGAGGCGCUGUUCUCUCGUUCUCUGGAGAACGGGAAGAUUUACUUCUGAACUAAUGUGAUUUGUCACGUUUUUUUUWAUUUUUUWAUUUUUUKGGGGGGUUUUGGUUUCAGUUUUCAAAAUAAAAGUACAUUUGCAGCUCUGCUUUCAGCGCAGAUCCAAUAACAAUAAGAAGCUGAUUGGAGAAAGCCCUGGGGUGCAACGAGAAGCCAUUCUGUGUAUCAACCCAUCUAAUUUAUUAUUUUAUUUAUUGUAUUUAUUUUAUCUAGGUACAGACAUGCCAUAUUGACUACAAAUCCAACCACACGGCCUUGUAAAAUGAUAUUUAUCCUAAUUUUGUCCUCCAUUUUGAAUGCAGUACAUAUUUAUUUCUUUUUUUACUGCUYUUAUCAGUAAUAACUGGGGUUAAUAUUUAAAUUACUAUGCAGCUCUUUCAUAUGACUGUAAACAGCUCAAAUGUCCUUACGACCGUUUAUGCAAACAGUUGCCUUUCUCCUGAAUAUGCGAAAAAUAAAAUGCUUUUUUUUUUCCUUUUUUUUUUUUUCCAAAUUGUUUCUGCACCACGAGUGAAACAUAAACUCAGGCAAACAAAAUCUAAAGUACAGUAUUACRACACGCUGAAUACCACAACACUCCUGAAGGAUGUCACUCUGGUUUGAAUGGGAGCUAGAAGUUCAAAGACUAAUUAUUGUUGUAAAAUGUAUGCAUUUUUAUAUUAAAUUACAUGUAGCAYCUUUGUAAAUAUUUUUCAUAAUAAAAGUUGCAAAUAUUGACAA